CAAGGUGGAAACUCAGAAACCAGAGAGGCGCUCCGCUUCUGCUAGGGCAUCAACUGCGUCAUACCGAGGUGCUCUUCUCCAUUGACGGUCGUCUCCGGCUACUAUUCAGAUGGAUUGGCAAGGGCAGAAGCUUGCAGAGCUGCUGAUGCAGGUUAUGCUCGUUGUCUUCGCCGUUGGAGCUUUCAUUACUGGCUAUGCCAUGGGUUCCUUCCAGAUGAUGUUGAUCAUUUAUGCUGUUGGUGUUGUUCUGACUACGCUGAUCACUGUCCCCAACUGGCCUUUCUUCAAUCGCCAUCCUCUCAAGUGGUUGGAUCCCAUCGAAGCUGAGCGCCAUCCAAAGCCACAGCCUGUGACUUCAAAGAAGAAGCCCGCCAAACAGCACCAGAAGUAGGUCUUUGUGACAAAAAAAAUUGGCAUUUGCUAGAGAUUUCAUCUUUUACUUUGUUUUAGCAUGGAACCUUGUUUUGUUAGCACUUAUACUCUGACAGUGGAUGCUUACUCUUUUUGUUUUGCCAUCAAAGUAAUAAACCCUUUGAUGUGAUACUUAUACUUAAAGAAGAGUGAAAGCAGGGAAAUUUACUUCACCUUAA